AAGGAGAACAAAUCGAAAAUUUGGAAAAUGUCUCAACACUUUUAUCACCAGCCCCGCUCAAGAGUCAUGACUAAUUCACAGUUGGACAGUGCAUCGUUGAUGUUCUGUGCAAAAUUCGGGACAUUUCAGAGGAAGGAUACUCAGUGUCAGGCAUUUGUGAAAAGAGUCAUAACGAGUCAUCUCUUUAGGUUAAUUAUGAUUACUACCAUCUCAAUGAAUGCCCUUGUGAUGGUCUUGGGGACAGAUUUUGAAACAAAAUACAGCUUAUUCAGACUUUGUGAGGUCUCAGAGAUCGUCUUUGUGUCCAUCUAUGGUGCCGAGUUCUUCAUGAAGCUCUACGUGGACCCCAUCAACUACUGGAAGGAUGGCUACAACCUGCUGGAUGUGAUGGUUAUCAUCAUUGUCCUGAUCCCUUACAGUCUCCGCAAGAUCAAGGGCCAGUACUACCCCUUCCUCCACAUUGUUGAUGGCUUGCAGUCCCUGCGCAUUCUCAAGCUUAUCACUUAUAGCCGUGGCAUCCGGACACUCAUCACUGCCGUGGGGCAGACAGCCUACACCGUGGCCUCUGUGCUCAUCCUGUUCUUCGUCCUGAUGUACAUCUUCGCUAUUCUGGGCUUCUGCCUAUUUGGAGCUCCAGACAGGGGUGACGUGAAUAACUGGGGGAACCUGGCUAUGGCCUUCUUUACCCUCUUCAGUUUGGCCACGGUUGAUGGCUGGACAGACCUGCAGCAGCAGCUGGACAGCCGGAAUUUUGCUCUGAGCCGGGCGUUCACCAUCAUCUUCAUCUUGCUUGCCUCCUUUGUCUUCCUCAGCAUGUUCGUGGGCGUGAUGAUCAUCCACACUGAGGACUCCAUCAAAAAGUUUGAGAGGGAACUGAGGGUAGAGAGGCACAUGAUACUCAUGGAAGAGAAGCAGGUGAUUGUAAAGCGGCAGCAGGAGGAGGUCAGCAGGCUGAUGCAGACACGGAAAAAUGCUGACUACAAAAGUUUCAGUGAGCUGGUGGAGAACUUCAAGAAGACCCUGCGGCACACUGACCCCAUGGUCUUGGAUGAUUUUGGCACUAGCCUACCCUUCAUCGAUGUCUACUUGUCUACUCUGGACAACCAGGACAGUACAAUCUGCAAGCUUCAAGAGCUGUACUAUGAGAUCGUGCACGUGUUGAGCCUGAUGCUUGAAGACUUGCCCCAGAAGAAACAGUCCUACUCCUCAGAAAAUAUCCAUGAGAAGUAG